AUGAGAUCGUUUGUCAUCUUUCGUCUCUCUUUUCUGGCGAUCCUACUACCCGUCGCCACUUGCUUUCUUCCCUCUUACGCCCAAGAAACUACCUGCAGCACUUCCUUGCUAUCUAGCACUUCUUCCUCUUCCGUCGACAUGAGCAUGAAAUGGUUUCAACACGAACUCACCAUCACCGCGCCUUCCCGUGGUUGCCACUUGAUUACGGCCGAUGUCCAAAAGGCAAUUUCCAAGGAUCUUGGUCAAAUCAAGAUUGGAAUGUGCAAUCUUUUUAUUCAACACACAUCGGCUAGUUUGACAGUCAACGAAAAUGCGGAUCCCGAUGUCCGUCGGGACAUGGAAGUGGCUCUGAACAAGAUUGUUCCAGCCUCUUGGAAUCACGAUGGAACCUUUAAGCAUACCAUGGAAGGCGAUGAUGAUAUGCCAGGCCAUGUCAAAACAUCCUUGAUGGGGCCCAGUUUGAAUCUUCCCAUUCGAAACGGACGUCUCGCGUUGGGAACAUGGCAAGGAAUUUACUUGAACGAGCACCGAGAUCAAGGUGGUUGGGGCGGUGGUCACUCCCGCAACAUUAUUGUGACUUUACAAGGGCAAGGAUGA